AUGGCAAUUCUUGCAGCAUUAUCCGGAGUAAACCUCUUCUCAACACUCCCCACCACCCCACCACCCUCCAGUGAUCCCAACCCCAGCCCCUACGCUAAACCCCCCAUUCCUAUUCCCAAAUACCCUCCUCCACUAAGAAUCCAAAAGCAAAGCAACCGCACCCCAACCCCCUCAAAUUCCCCCUCCAGCUCCAAGUCUAGCCCCGCCUUCAAAACCCACCACCACAAUUCCAAGUACUACAAGCCCAUUAAACCCGGCCAGAAAAUAACCCCGCCCGAUGGCGAAAACCGUGAGAUUAUAGUCGGGAAUUCAGGAAUUUCGUAUUAUUUACCCGGUGCCCCAUUUGAAUUUAUGUACAGUUAUUCAGAGGUGCCAAAGGCUGCGCCUUUGGCUAUGCGUGAACCGGCUUUUUUGCCCUUUGAACCGCCCACCAUGUCCCGGCCUUGGACGGGUAAAGCACCCAUGAAAAAGAGUAAGAGAAAUAUUAAGCUCUUUGAGCCGUUGGGUGGUGUUGAAAAUAAUGAAAAUGGAAAUGUGGGUGAAAAAAGAUUUGAAAUGUUCAGGGCUUAUGAGUUGGGGAAGGUUAAUAUGAGGCCGCGUGAAGAGGUGUUGGGGGAGCCAUUGACGAGAGCGGAGAUCAAGGAGCUGUUAAGACCUUGUCUGUCUAGUAAUAGACAGGUGAAUUUGGGUAGGGAUGGAUUAACUCAUAAUAUGUUGGAGUUGAUACAUACACAUUGGAGGAGGCAACCUGUUUGCAAAGUUCGUUGUUUGGGUGUUCCAACUGUUGAUAUGGACAACAUAUGCCGUUGCCUUGAGGAAAAGACCAGUGGAAAGAUCAUUAAUCGGGUUGGUGGAGUAGUGUAUCUUUUCCGUGGUAGAAACUACGAUCAUCGAAAACGUCCAAAGUUACCUGUGAUGCUUUGGAAACCGGCUGCACCAGUUUAUCCGAAACUCAUACAAGAAGCUCCAGAGGGGUUGACGAAAGAAGAGGCCGAGAAUUUACGAAGUAAAGGAAGGAGUCUGCUUCCAAUAUGUAAAUUAGCCAAAAAUGGAGUCUAUGUUUCACUGGUGAGGGAUGUGAGAACUGCUUUCGAAGGAUGUCCUCUUGUUAAGAUCGACUGCAAAGGGCUGGAUGCUAGUGAUUACAAGAAGAUAGGAGCUAAGCUGAAGGAAUUGGUUCCCUGCGUUCUUUUAUCUUUCGAUGAGGAACAAAUAUUGAUGUGGAGGGGAAAAGACUGGAAAUCUAUGUACACGAAUGAAACUCCUAAUGUAAAACCGUCUUAUAGUGCAAGCGUUACCAAUAACUCAGAUGCUAAAUCAGUGAGAUCAAGUCCGAGAAUGAUGUCCCUGUGGAAGCGUGCAAUCGAGUCAGGAAAGGCAUCAGUUCUAGAUGAGAUUGAUCUUAGUCCUGAUGAUCUAUUGUUGAAGGUGGAGGAAUUUGGAAGCAUAUCACAGGCAAUGGAACACUCUUAUCCUGCUAAUAUCCUCUCAAAUAAAGAGGGUCCCUACACUUCAACGAAACAAUGGAAAAGUGAAGAGGAUGUUGAUAAUUAUAACGAAGGUGAUAGAUAUUACAUUAACUCAUUUGAAGCAGUAGAAUCGUCAGUUCCUUUAGGGACGUUGCCUGUUGAUUUCAUAGCUAAAGAACUUAGGGACAAUGUGGAAUGA